AUGGACGGUGCAAAAGAAGCAGGCGUUAACGGCUCUGACGAAGAUACUGCUGAUGCUAGUGAAACUGAAGACAAGUCUAAAAAUAACAACAAAAACCAUGGAAAUUCCUGUUCUGGACAGCGCACAGAAAUUAAAGAACAGAUGUACCAGGAUAAACUAGCCCACAUCAAGAAACAAAUUGGCAUGUUACAAGAAGGUUCUCUUCCAGAAUUUCUCAAGAGAACAAAGAAGAUUGAGCUGCAUUACAGAGAGAGACUGAGACAGAAUGAGAUCAACAAGAUGGUUGAGGUUGAGAUAGUAGACAGAAAUUACCAGACAGACUGCAACAAUGCUCAGAAAGAAUUUGAG